GGUCGUAGCAGAUCAAAAGUGGCAGGGUGGCAUUUUAUUUGAGACUGCGGCUGCCAUGGAUCUGGUGGUAGAUGGAAAGCGAACGUCGGGCAAGGAUGUCCGGGAACAGAAUGUGACGGCGGCGCUUGCCAUCGCGAACAUCGUCAAGUCUUCCCUGGGCCCUGUGGGUCUGGACAAGAUGUUGGUGGAUAACAUCGGUGACGUGACCAUCACGAACGAUGGCGCGACCAUUUUGAAGAUGCUGGAAGUCGAGCAUCCUGCCGGCAAAGUUCUCGUUGAAUUGGCGGGGCUGCAAGAUCAAGAAGUCGGUGACGGCACGACGUCCGUUGUGAUCAUUGCGGCCGAGCUGCUCAAGCGCGCGAACGAACUUGUUCAAAACAAGAUCCAUCCCACAUCCAUCAUCUCUGGCUACCGUUUGGCAAUGCGCGAAGCUGUCAAGUACAUUAAGGAGCAUCUGAGCGUGCCAGUCGACUCGCUUGGACGCACGUCCCUCGUGAACGCUGCCAAGACGUCCAUGAGCUCCAAGAUCAUUGGUCCCGAGAGUGAAUUCUUUGCGAACCUGGUCGUAGACGCAGUCACUUCGGUCAAGACGACUGAAGAAGGCGCCAAGGGGAAAGUUGUCACCAAGUACCCUGUGAGUGCGAUCAACGUGCUCAAGGCCCACGGGAAGAGCGCGCUGGAGUCUCAACUCGUGGACGGGUUUGCUUUGAACUGCACGCGAGCGUCGCAGGCGAUGCCUACGUCUGUGCGACCGGCAAAGAUCGCGUUGUUGGACUUUGACUUGCAGCGACACAAGAUGCAGAUGGGGGUGCAGAUGGUCGUGAACGACCCAAAGGAACUGGACCAGAUCCGACAGCGCGAAGUUGACAUCACGAAAGAGCGCAUUCAGAAGAUCCUGGACGCCGGUGCGAACGUCAUCUUGACGACCAAAGGCAUCGACGACCUUUGCAUGAAGUACUUUGUGGAAGCGGGGUGCAUGGGUGUUCGCCGCUGCAAGAAGGAAGACUUGCGCCGCAUCGCCAAGGCCACUGGCGGCCAAGUCGUGCUCACGCUGGCCGACAUGGACGGCGGCGAAACGUUUGACGCGGCGUCGCUCGGGACGGCGGCCGAAGUCAGUGAAGAGCGCGUUGGGGACGGCGAGCUCAUUUACAUCAAGGGCUGUGCCAACCGUCAAGCGACGACCGUCGUCUUGCGUGGUGCGAACGAGAUGUUGCUGGACGAAAUGGACCGAUCGCUGCAUGAUUCGCUCAUGGUGGUCAAGCGCAUGCUCGAGUCGAACCAGUUGGUGGCCGGCGGCGGCGCCGUCGAGUCUGCGCUCUCGAUCUACCUGGAAACGUACGCAACGACGCUCGGGUCCCGAGAACAGCUCGCGAUUGCCGAGUUUGCCGACGCGUUGCUCGUGAUCCCUAAGACGCUGGCCGUGAACGCGGCCAAAGACGCGUCCGAGCUCGUGGCGCGGCUGCGGGCCCACCACAACACUAGUCAGACAGACGCGGCGCAGACGGCCCUGCGAUUCUCGGGCCUCGACUUGCAGCGAGGCAAUGUGCGCGACAACUUGGCGGCCGGCGUCGUCGAGCCCGCGAUCAGCAAGAUCAAGAGCUUGCGAUUCGCGACGGAGGCGGCGAUUACGAUUCUGCGCAUCGACGACAUGAUUCGAUUGAAUCCGAAAGAAGACGAGAACCAGUAAAGCACAGUUUUAAUUCGACACGUGAUAGCAGUAGGGGUUGGCAACGUGAGCGGCGUGUUGGCUGGACGAUGGACGACGCCCGGACCGCCGCGAC